AUGACACAGAAUCCAAAUUAUUACAAUUUACAGGGUGUAACACAUCGUCAUUUGAGUGAUCAUUUAAGCGAACUAGUUGAAACAACUCUGAAUGACUUGGAAACAUCGAAGUGUAUAGCUGUAGAGGAUGGUAUUGAUUUAUCGCCAUUAAAUCUUGGUAUGAUAUCAGCUUACUAUUAUAUCCAGUACAAUACUAUUGAAUUGUUCAGUUUAUCGUUAACAGCUAAAAUGAAAAUUCGUGGACUGUUAGAUGUUAUAAGCAAUGCCUCAGAAUUUGAUGUUCUCCUACCUGUAAGACAUCAUGAAGAUAUACUGUUGCGUCAAUUAGCUGCAAAAGUUCCACAGAAAUUAGCACCUAAAGCUAAAUUUUCAAGUCCACAUGUUAAAGCGAAUUUACUACUGCAAGCUCAUUUAUCCCGACUACAACUGCCCACUGAAAUGCAAACAGAUACAGAUCGCUUAUUAGGCUGUACUAUACGUUUAAUUCAAGCUUGUGUAGAUGUAUUGUCGAGUAAUAGUUGGUUAGGUCCAGCUUUAGCUGCUAUGGAAUUAUCACAAAUGUGUACACAAGCUGUAUGGCAUAAAGAUUCCUAUCUACGUCAAAUACCACAUUUCACUGCUGAACGUAUAAAUCAGUGUAAAGAGAAUAAAAUUGAAACUGUUUUCGAUAUCAUUGAACUUGAAGAUGAUGAACGUAAUCAAGUAUUGGAAGGGUUGACACAAGCACAAAUGGCUGAUGUAGCUAGAUUUUGUAAUCGUUAUCCAAAUAUUGAAAUCACCUAUGAAGUUGUUGCUAGCAAUGGAAAUAAUGCAACUAAAGCACCUGUUCGAAGUGGUGAAACUUUAACUGUACAAGUCAGUUUAGAACGUGAAGAAGAUAAUGUGGGUCCAGUAAUAGCACCAUUUUUCUCUCAACCACGUGAAGAAGGUUGGUGGUUAGUAGUCGGUGAACAGAAGACAAACUCUCUAGUCGCCAUAAAACGUCUAUUUGUUUCACAGUCAAUGAAAGUUCGUCUAGACUUGAAUGCACCUAGUCAUGCUGGUCGUCAUGAAUUCACACUGUUUUUCAUGUCAGAUGCUUAUAUGGGUUGUGAUCAAGAGUAUAAAUUCCAGGUUGAAGUACGUGAAUGA